AAUGUCCGCAGUGUUUAGGGUCGCGCGGGCGGCAGUUUCACCUGUGAUGGGGGACACCAUAUCUUGCUCGACGCACUGUGCACCGAACUGCAUAUCUCGGCAGCCGCCGGGCAAUGAUGUGGUGGAGGAGCCUCCCAGGAAGAGCGCAGGCAGAACUUAUCCGGUAGCAGAUCCUGUCGAUCUUCAACUGAAUUGGCAGACGAUUGCCGUGCGACACGCUUGGCGAAAAGCUGCAGAGAUGGGCGAUGCUGGCAUAGGACCUCCGUUACCUGUGAAGGGCCUACCCGAAGAGGCAAAGGCCUACAUUGAUCCAGCGGCGUCAAAGAAAUCCGCGCGUUCGGCCAAUGGAGCUGACAAAGUCUCCGGAGGUGAUGUCUUCAAAAUAUGAGCCUGGCCUGUGCUUUACGGAAAGCAGGAAAUGUUGUUUAUGCCUUGUUUAUCACUCUCUUUGGCAUUGCUAGGCUUGUCAAUGUCUCACACAGAAAGGUUUCACUGGCAGCUCAGACUGAAGAGUCAGCAAACC